UUUAGUUUUCUGCGUCUUCUCUGUCGGUUCGCAAAUCAAAACCACACUUUUAGUCGAUCGUGAGUGAAUUCGAUCGAACAUACGCGUUGUUUAUCAUCGGAGUUAGCAUUAGCCCGUUAUUAGCCCCUGGUUACAGACAAAUGCAGUGAAUGUUGAUGGGUGUUUUUAGUCUGUAAUAUUAAGAAUAUCAUCUUUGUUUCUUUGCUCCAUAGAAGAAAUAAAUCAGUAAAAGUGAAUCGUACUUUGUGGACAAUAACAAGACGUCCGAGAACACCGACCACUGGUGUGUUAGAAACCAAACAAGUAGCCGAUCAAUCGAGAAAAUAAUCUUUUUUUGUGUUUUCAAAAUACCAUGUACAGCAGUAGUCAGCAAUUGGUGGCCCGUGGGCCAAAACUCGGCCGCCAGCGUCAGUAUCUGGCCCAGCAGAUUUGCAAGUUUUAAUUUUAAAUGGAGUUCAGAGCUUUUAUUCUGAAAAAAUAUGAACUGAUUGAAAUAGGAUUCUGUUGCUAGAGUUGCUUGUUAACAAUAAAAACACUGCUGUUGUCAUGGAGACAGCCAGGUUUGGGGAGUAAAUGUCUGUGAAAUGACGAAGAAGAAACAGCAAUUGUUAACAUCGAAAUGAUGCACAGUGAAUAUGAACCGUACGAGGACGUGUCUCUCUUUGUCCCUCGACCACAUGCUGAUCCCUGUAACUUUCGUGGACAUUUACGGCGUAAACUCUUUGUUGUUGUCACCGAUGACUCGUCUCCUUAAGGCUCCGUCCAAAGAUGCAGUGAGAGACGUUUGUGUCCAGAGUCACAGAGCAGCGAGUCGCCGCCUCGCUGAGGCCACGGCGGCGACGUUAAACAUCUCUACAGCUCAGGCUGCUCAGCUCGUCCACUCGCUCCACGUCCUCUCCCACCACGUCGUCUUCCACAGCCUCAGCUCUCCCGAGCAGAUCCUCGCUCUCUUCCCUGCGUCGUUCCACUCCAGCCUCAAGAACCUGAUCACCAAGAUCCUGCUGGAGAACAGUCCAACAUGGAGGACAGAGGCUGCUGGUGAUCACAUCUCCGUCCCUCAGCUGAAGCACGUGGACUGGAGAGUGGACAUGGUGACGGGUUCAGACUCACUCAGUCGUAUGUCAGUUCCCACCUGUCUGGUUCAGCUUCAGGUGGACGAUCCGUGUCCAUUGGCAGGCGGUGAGUCGGUUUCCACGGUGAUGGUGGAGCUGAGCAGGGAGUCUCUGGACACCAUACUGGACGGACUGGGACGCAUCAGAGACCAGCUGUCUGUUGUCGCUGGGAAAUAAAGCCUUUGUUUUUUGAAUUGA